GUGGGUGGGUGGGGAAGCAAGGACGACGACGGCGGGGAUAAGGUGACGUGCUCUCUCGCCAGCUCGUGCUCCGUGGCAGUGGCACGGUAAGAUUCUUUCUGCGUAUUUCCGUGUAUAUAUUCACACCUCCAAGGUGUAUGACGAAAUGCCCCUGCGGUUUCCACUCUUCGGUGAAAAGAUUCACAUUCAGCGUUUUGAAGCCUAUACUGAUCGCUUAAUAUUGUUUUCAGUGGUGUGGUCAUCUUGAGGGCGGGUGCCAUUUGUCCAAAACAACUCAAACACUUGAAACCAAAGGGAGUGGUUAGUUUAUAAGGAUAUAAGGCCAAACUAGAGUCUACCUGGUAUCUUCCAUGCAUCAACGACUUGAACGAGUCUGGUCUCAUACCCCUAAUAUUACAUUAUUAAUUCUAAUAAUCAGGCCAGCAAAAGAAAAGAAUCUUAAUCGUUACGUGUUUGAACAAGUUUGCAUUGCUGUGAGUUGGAAUCUGUAUGUAGUCCUAGUGUGAUGUGUAUAGACGCUGAUGGUUGAUGUUGCUACCUGAUAUAGUAUAUCGGAGGAUGGUCAACCAGAACCCUGCUAGCUUCAAUUACAACUAAAACUUGGCAUAUGUGUAUAUAAAUAGCAAAUCAGAAGAGGUAGCUGGCUAGGUAAAAUCUUAGCACCAUGGCGACACCCUCACAACCCCGGCUGUUGCCAUUGCUAACUCUGAAGUUCCUGCUACUCGCCGCGGCAGCAACUCUGUCUCUGUGGCAGGGUGGUGCCUGCGCUGAAGAGCAGCGCCGGCCCAUCACGCUUGAGGGUUGCCAGGCCAUGUGCGGCAACAUCAGCGUCCCCUUCCCGUUCGGCAUGAAUCCAGGCUGCUUCGUCGAGGGCUUCCAGGUCACCUGCAACAACUCGUUCGACCCCCCUCAUCUCUUCCUUUACUACAACCGGACAGGACCGCGAACCUCAUUCAGCAAGAUGGGCGAGGCGGCGUACUCGACGCCGACGCCGGUCACGUCGGACCCGGCGCUGGAGAAGAGGUGGGAAGUGCCCGUGGAGCUCAUGGACAUAUCGGUCGCCAAGAGCGAGGCACGGGCUUACAGACUGGUGAGAUCCGACUGCAGCACGACUGCGCGCAACCACUUGCUCAAGCUUCAGUUUACGUGGUUAUAUCAGCCAUUCUACCUGUCAGAGAAGCGCAAUUUUCUCGUCGGUGUUGGCAGGGGCGUCAAAGCUAGGAUGAGCGACUACUUGCUGGGCUCCGCAAGCCCUGAUACGACAUGCUAUUCAAGCAUCGGACCUACCUGCGAGGACGCCUUUCCAAAAGGAAGCAUUCUCAACAGAUUUGGUGUGACGUUUCAGCCAGAUAAUAACACGUUUUGGGAAAGUUCACCCUGCCUCUACGGCAUGGUGGUGGAGAGCUCAUGGUACAACUUCUCUGAUGAGGACAUGCACGGCUACGAGGUGCUAUCCAACAAGUACUCGAGGGGCGUCCCCAUGGUGCUCGAUUUUGCCUUUAGGGACGGUUCAUGUCCGGGUGCGGACGGCUCUGUCCGUCCAGGCUACAGGUGCGUCAACGGCAACAGCUCCUGUGUCAAUGCAACCAGUGCCGAAGGCUAUUUCUGCAAGUGCUGGGAACAUUACGAUGGCAACCCUUAUAUUCCUAAUGGAUGCCAAGACAUCAACGAGUGCGAGCUCCGAGAACAAAAUCCUGAUCUCCGUGAUUUGUAUCCUUGCGACGGGAUCUGUAAGAACAGGCUGGGAGGCUAUGACUGUCGAUGCAAACCCGGAAUGAAAGGGGACGCCAUAAAAGGAACCUGCACGGAGAAACUCACCCUAGCAGCAAAAGUGACUGUGGGUAUUGCUGCCAUGAUUGUUGUCUUGGUCCUCAUGGUUAUGGUCCAUCAGCUACUAAAAUUUAGAAGGUUCUAUGAACAAAAUGGUGGUCCGGUACUAAAAGGUGUAAAGAAUAUAAGGAUCUAUACAAGGAAACAAAUUAAACAAAUGACAAAUAACUACAGGUGUGUAAUUGGAGAGGGCCACUUUGGUAAGGUUUAUCUUGGGACUCUCAAAGACAAAAAACAAGUUGCUAUAAAGAAGUCCAUCAAGGUUGACAAGCACAUGAAGCAGGAGUUCACCGAUGAGGUUAUAAUCCAAUCUGCAAUGAGGCACAAGAACAUUGUUAUGCUCAUAGGCUGCUGCUUAGAGCUGGAUGUUCCCAUGUUGGUGUAUGAGUUUGUAGCGAGAGGGAGUCUGUAUGAUGUUCUCUUCAAGUGCAGAGAUAAGAUUCUACUGGGUACACGAUUGCGGAUUGCCGUUGGAUCAGCCGAAGGCUUAACAUACAUGCAUUCAGCAGGGGAGAGUACAAUCCGUCAUGGUGAUGUUAAAUCUGCCAACAUCCUUCUGGAUGAAAAGUUCACCCCCAAAGUUUCAGACUUUGGGACAUCAAAGCUACUCGCGAGAGGAAAAGACGAGAUGACAGAACUUGUCAUUGGGGACAUGAGCUACAUAGAUCCAGUAUAUAUGGAACAAGGGAUCGUCACACAGAAGAGCGAUGUCUAUGGCUUCGGAGUUGUCCUCAUAGAGCUUAUCACAAGGAGGCCUGCAACAUAUGAUGCUGAGCGGAGCUAUGUUGCAAACUUUGUUGAAGCUUUUGUAGAAAAAAGAGCAAGAAGCUUUAUUGACAAUGAUAUUAAAAGCGAGGCGGAUAUCAAUCUAUUGGAAAUGGUUGGCGGAGUCGCAGUAGAUUGUCUAAAACCCAAUCCAGAAGAACGACAAGAUAUGAAACGAGUAGAGCACCGCCUCCUCGAGAUUGUUGCACAAUCUGAAGAUUAUAGUCAUGAGAGGAACUUCCAGGGAGGUAUUGGUCCGGCACCGGAUGAUGUUGCUUUGCUUAAAGCCUUGGGAGAGUGAAGUAUCUAUCCUUUACCAAUAUUUUUACAUUUUUCACUCAGUUAUGUAAUGGUUUGAUUGCAUUGAGACAUCAAGACAUUAGGGUAUGUUCCAAUUUUAUUCAUGUGACAUUUUCCUUGUUGAUAGGAAAUGUAGGAUCUAAUCGUUGUGGAUUUAUUACGAGGUAUAAACAGACACGACAUCACGGUUGUGUGCAUCACAAUAAUGCAGAGGCCGGGGUCACUCCCUUCUCAACAAUGUACAGACUCGAAAUUUCCAUGUUACAUUUGAAUUCCAUUUCUUAUGGACACA